CCAUACGUACACAUGAAACCCACUUUUACUUUAUAUUUUUUAUCUUUUGGAAAAAUGCACCCUUAGCUUUUCCAAUAUCUUUUGCUAGACGCAUGGUAGACCACAUGUAUUUACCUUUUUGCCCCCUUAAUUGAAUUCUUUAAAUACCCAUCUUGUACACUUCAGUUCUUCCCUUUUCCCCUCCUUUCCUCCCUCCAUUUCAUUGUUUGGAAAUAAUUAAGCAAUUUCUUUGUUUAUUUUUCUAUUUUCUUGUAGCAAUGUCCUUCCAUGAAGAGAAAAUACCGGUUCGGUUUGGGUGUCUUCCGGUUCACGAAACCAUGUUCACACAAGGCGAAUUAGAGGAGUUAUUUUCCCUCAUUAACCAACCGGUUGACCCAACCAGUCCAGGGUCCGGUUCACAAGGUUCAAACCAAGCGGUUUACUCAAUACCCGAGAGAAAGCUAAGGAGAAUGCAAUCGAACCGGGAGUCGGCUAGGCGGUCUCGUUGGAGAAAGAAGCGCCACGUAGAGAACCUCACGAGCGAUUUGAACCGGUUGAGAUUGGAAAACCGGGAACUAAAAAACCGGCUUGGUUUGACCAUGAACUAUAAUCUCCUUUUAUCCACGGAGAAUCAAUGUCUAAAAUCAGAAUCAAUGUCCCUUAUAGUAACACUUUUGGAUCUAUAUCGGACUUUAGAGACUAUGAUUUCACAAUAGAAGCAAAUUGCAUUGAGCUUUUGCUACUCUAAUUAAAUAGUUACAACUAUAAAAAAGAGACACUAUGUACACACAUGAAUAUAUCACGUGCAUAUUGAGUACGUUGGUUUUAGUUUAACUAUAAUUACUAGCUAUAGUUUUUCUAAACAAAAUUACUAGCUAGUAAUUUGUGCAUAAUUGGGUGCACGAGGGUUGAGAAAGUAAAUUAUAGCUAGAAGCUAAAGCUACAUUUUUUUUUUCUUUUUUUAUUAGGAGAAGAGAAAAUAUUAUUUACAUGCAUGUGGUGAUUUCGGGGAACCCCACGUUGUUGGAAGGCAAGGACAAAGAGAGAUUUGUGGGUGUGUCUACUUUUUUUUUAUGUUGUUUGUCACUUUUGUCUUUUGGUAGCUUUUGUAAAUUUUAGUGGAGUGAUGAAAGUAAAGAAAGUGCUUAGUCUCGGUUGGAAUCUUGAUGGAAUAUAUUGUUUGUGUCAAUGUAAGUCAUCAUCAUAAUUGAUUAUUGUAAAUACGCUAAGUAUCGGCCAAGUGAAGAAUGCCAUGUUGUUUCUUA